CAUAUAAAACUAGGCAAUACAAUAGUCAAAACAAACAUGUACUUCUAAAGCAAUUUACACUGCAGUUGAAAUCCAAACCUAAAACAUAUUGAUAACAGUCUAGUUGUUGUGUAUACUCCAUAUAAUGCUUCCUUCUGGGCCACCGUAGUGAUCUGAGGAGUUCCUGUCCUGACUGUCAUGGGAAUUGUUUACCAGAGGAUGUUGUGAUCAUUUGGCCUCUACAUCCUAUGAAAUGGCAGCGGUGUUUCUUGUGACCUUGUACGAGUACUCUCCUCUGUUCUACAUCAGUGUGAUUUCUCUGUGUUUCGUGGUGACCGCCGCCAUGGUGCUGGGCUGGUUUGGCUUCGAUGUCCCAGUGAUCCUUCGCAGCUCUGAUGAGACCGAGUCUCUCCUGCCAACCCCUGAGAAGCAAAUGGUUCAGAUGACCAACCCCUUCAUCCUGGAGAUGGGCUCUGGGCCGGCAUCUGUCGUUGACGGUGUGUUCCUGAGGCCCGGCUGUCUGGAGCCCUGUGUCCUGAGCUGUUUCUGGGGCUGUGAGGUCAGCGCCUUGCAGGUCGCUCUGCAAGCCCACCAGCACCGCCUGCGGCUCUGCACCCCCCGAUGUUUACAAGAGGCCCUGCAGCGCCGCUACAUCCACUGCCACAGCGUUCACAUUGGCAGAGAGGACAGAGAGGAAUGUCACACACAGAUUCCUGCUGACCAGGGGAUCACAGACUUCGGGCCGUUGCCAAGGGAACGCUACCCUCUUGUGGCUGUGCUGACGCUGUCAGAGCCAGAAGCUAGAAACAUUUACAACAUUGUGGCCAGUUUGACGGUUAUUCAUGUUCCUGAUGACGAAUACAGCCUUUCUGCACGGGUUCUCUUUCAGUACCUUCUCACCUCAAAAGGGAACAUGUUCGAGUUAAAGCCUCUCUUCAUGUCAGCCGACGGUAUAUCUGAGCCUCCUGAUUUAGAGCAGAGUACCCGAUCCACUGAAGCCAACAAGGCCAGUCGAGUGGAGCCGAGUCCAGUGGUGGAGGAGGGAUGGUCAGCGGGGCGGGGCAGAGACUGUGUGGUCUGUCAGAAUGCUGCAGUGAACAAGGUGUUGCUGCCCUGCAGACACGCCUGUGUGUGUGACAGCUGUGUGUCACACUUCCAGCACUGCCCCAUGUGCAGGGCCUUCGUCCAGGAGUCCUUCACCCUGACACAGGGACCAGCUGCAGAACAAUGAGCCCAUACUGAACCGUUCAGUGUUGUUUAGGAGAACAUAUGCAGCGGCCAAUGGAGUUCCUGCAACUCCCUCACACCAAACAUUCAGGACCAGUCGAAAUAUUGCCAUUGCACUGAUUUAUGUCUCAGCAAUAAGAGCAACAAUGGUACUUGUGAAUAGCAUACAUGGAUAUUAUUCAUCUCAAACUAAAUGUUCUAUUAAGUUACUAUAGUAUAGUUUUACUAGUCACAAAAGACUUUUGUUUCACUUUAUUUGGAGUAAUAAAGCAAAGCAAAUUCUU